AUGGCGAAACCAGUACCAAGUGACACCGAAUUAGAUGCAUGGAAAGCUUCACCGAAUGCAGAUACAUCUGUUCAUGACGAACAACAGCAUCAACAUGAACGCGAAGAACCAUCCACCAAGAUAAAGACAGUACAAAACAUCGCCCUAGCAGAUGCGACAGCGAAACAGAAACCAAGUCUUUGGACGUGGAGAAUGAGUCAACUCUACGUGAUUCUUUUUCUGGCCACACUAAAUGCGGCAGUCAAUGGAUACGAUGGGAGUGUAAUGAGCUCGAUCAAUUCGUAUGCGCAGUAUAGGAGUUACUUUGGAUUUGAUCUUACGGAGGGAACGCCGGCGACGGGGAUUGUUUAUGCGAUGUUUACGAUUGGGAAUUUGUGGAAAGGAAGACGAUGGGGUAUGUUCCUAGGAGCGGGUGUUAUCAUCGUGGGAGCAAUUGUGCAAGCUACCAGUCAGAAUCUGGCGGCUUUCAUGAUUGGAAGAUUUAUGCUCGGUGUCGGCGCGGCAAUGGGUCCCAGUUCUGCUUUACCCUAUGUAAGUGAGAUGGCGCAUCCAUCCUUUCGAGGCGCGAUGACGGGUGUUUAUACGACGUUUUAUUUCGUAGGAGCAAUACCUGGGACAUUUAUACCCUAUGCUACGAGCUACAUCAAUGGAUCUCAAGCUUGGAGAAUCCCGUUAUGGUUGCAGAUGACGUUUUCAGGGAUUGUAUUUAUUUCGGUGCUGUUUCUGCCAGAGAGUCCAAGAUGGUUGGUAGCAAAUGAUCGACACGAGGAAGCACUUGACAUUAUGGCCAGAUACCACGGUGAAGGCGACCGCAGUUCUCCUUUAGUGCAACUUGAACUCCGCGAGAUGAUGGAGGAGAUCUCCAAAACAGGUGCUGAUAAACGAUGGUGGGAUUUCAGAGAAUUGUUUGAUACGAGAGAAGUUCGAUAUCGUACUAUGCUGACUUGUGCUGUUGCUCUGUUUGGUCAGUGGACUGGUAAUGGUCCCGUUAGUUACUACUACCCACAAAUGCUAGCAGGUGCAGGAAUAGAGAAUAAUCACACCCAAUUACUUCUCCAAGGCAUGCAAUCAGUCCUCUCCUUCAUCAGUGCUCUCAUAGGAGCAGCCUACACCGAUCACUGGGGCCGACGCCCCCAACUCCUUAUCUCCACCUCUCUAAUCUCUCUCCUCUUCCUCAUUAUCCUAAUCCUCAACGCCCUAAACACAACCACCGAUUCUGAAACUCAUCUCACAGUCGCCAAAUCAGCAGCAGCAUCUAACGCCGAAAUCGCCAUGAUAUUUCUCUUCUCAUUUGUGUUUGCGGUGGGCUGGACACCGAUGCAAGGACUUUAUGCGGUGGAGGUUCUGAGGUAUGAGAGUAGGGCGAAGGGAAUGGCGGUUUAUACUUUGGUGGGAAAUGUGGCGGGAUUUUAUAAUACUUUUGUGACGGGCAUUGCGUUUAGUGGGGCGGGGUGGAGGUAUUAUUAUCUAUUCAUUUUCUGGGAUUUACUCGAAGUCGUUUUCAUAUACUUUUUCUUCGUAGAAACCAAAGGCAGAACACUCGAAGAGUUAACUGAAAUUUUUAACGCUGCCAAGCCAGUCAAGUACUCGUUGAAGAAAUCAGAAGUCGUUAUUCAUGGCGAUGAAGGCGUCACCGAGGUAUUGGAGAAGAAAUUGGAAAAUGAAAGUUUGGGCUGA